AUGGGUGUCUCGUCGCCGACGACCCUCCUCGUCCUCUUCAGUAUCGUCGCGGCAUACCUUCUCAACCGUCUUGUACGAUCCCAGAAACAUGACCUACCCCUCCCUCCAGGGCCCAAAGGGCUCCCUCUUCUGGGCAACGUCAAUGACCUGCCCAAGCCAGGCAUGCUAGAGUGCCACCAUUGGCUAAAGCACAAGGAACUGAUCGGCUGGAACAACACACUCGCAUUCAGUGGCUACACCGAUACUUUCAAAUUGCACCGCAAGAAUAUCGCAAAGGUCGCUGGUAGUACUGUUUCACUCUCUGUAUUUGACCGCGUGCAGGAGGAAGAAGCAGUGCACUUUCUCCUUAAUGUACUCUCUUCCCCGGAGAAUCUCUUCUCCCAUAUCAAGAAGGAAGCCGGAGCUGUGAUUUUGAAAAUUACCUAUGGGUAUACAGCUGAAGCUCAUGGCAAAGACCCGCUGGUGGACAUGGCCGUCAAGACAAUGCAUGAGUUCGCCGAUUCGACUGUGCCGGGGAAAUGGGCGGUAGAUAUCAUGCCAUUUUGUGAGUACAUGUACCUUCGCGAGCAGCGCAUGCUCAUGCAAGCAAUCACUGAUGAUUCCUUUUGCAAAAUAGUGCAAUACGCACCAGACUGGUUUCCCGGCGCGGGUUUCAAACGCACAGCACGCCAAAUGGCAGCCCAACUGCACCAGACGACUGAACAACCCUACCAAUUCGUCAAGCAGCAGAUGCGCCAAAACAAGGCCAAGACAUCCUUCCUCUCGCAGGCUAUUGAGAACAUCAAAGGCGACUCAGACACUGAUGAUAUGGAGAGUGUUCACAAGUGGUCCGCUUCUUCCAUGUACCUCGGCGGUGCCGAUACCACCGUCUCCUCGCUCAUGACAUUUUUCCUCGCCAUCACACUUUUCCCAGACGUACAGAAGAAAGCGCAAGAGGAACUUGACCGCGUCAUUGGCAACCGAUUGCCUGUCAGCGCAGAUCGCCAGAAGCUGCCGUAUAUCGAAGCGCUUGUUAGUGAGACCCACCGAUGGCAUCCAGUUGCGCCUAUGGCGCUUCCGCAUGCUAGUACCAAGGACGAUGUUAUCAAUGGAUAUAGGAUCCCCAAGGGCAGCCUGCUCCUUCCCAAUAACUGGUGGUUUACCCACGACCCAUCCGUGUACCAUUCCCCCAUGGAAUUCAACCCCGAUCGUUACCUCAAAGCAGAGCCGGAACCCGACCCGCGCAAUUGGAUCUUCGGGUACGGAAGGCGCGUGUGCCCAGGUCGAUACGUUGCAGAGAACGCCUUGUUCCUUACAAUCGCGCAGUCGCUCGCUGUUUUCAAGAUUGAGAACCCAGUCGAUGAGAACGGCAAGGUGGUAAAGCCAGAAAUGAAGUUUGAACCCGGAGUGGUAUCGCAUCCUGUACCGUAUCGCGUUUCUAUCAAGCCAAGAUCGGAAAAACAUGAGCUCCUGAUCAGGGAGGCAGAGAAGCAAUAUCCCUGGCAAGAAAGCGACGCAAAGGCGUUGGAGACGGUGAAGUGGUAG